AUGGCCACGACGGUGACGAUGUCGCAGCUGCUCGAUUGCAGUAUUCCUAUCUGGCCUACACAACUCGGGCGGUACACCGAAAUGGCACGGUCACCGUCCGAGAUGCGCGGGGGUUGGACCGAGCUGGUUCACCCGUCAGGAGCCGUAUACAACUACAAUGCGGGAAUGAAAACAUUCGCCGAAAUGAACUUGAGGACUUGUUCAGAGGAACGGCUCCGGAGGCUUGAGUCCUGGGUCAGAGCGUCAAGAGCCAAGCUAAACGGAAAGGGAUAUUUGCUAGUCGUGGAGCCGAUCGUAGUGCAAGAGAAGGAAGUCUAUCCGUACUAUUACGUCGUCCCAGAAAAUCAUAUCAUUACCUGGGUGGAGCCAGUGAAUGGCUACCUUCUUUUCCAGGAAUCUAUGGCAUCGCACUGGAAUCAUAAAAGACUCGAACUGGAGGCUCAAUUUUGGAAACAUGCCGAAUAUUUUCCUCACGAAAUCACAAUACCCCUCUCCGAAGUAAGAGCUUUGCGAAUUCAGCUGAACUGGUAUCGCGUAGUACCUCAACAACAAACAGAAGCAUUGGCCAUUGAACAGUCAACAGCGGCUUCAAUAUUCUGGACUCUGGACCAGAUGAAGGAAAUGACCGAUGAGCUGAUCAUUGCUGGCACGUACCUUUAUCUUCACCGUUCAACCCACAUUAAUAUUAUCAAAUUGAUGACUGACACAGAGGAACUUGCAGAACCUGAUGGGACCAUGAAGGGACCAGGUGUUGCAAUAUGUGGUCAUCACGAAUACCUGAACCAUUAUGGCCAACCCGAAGCUCGCCUGAUACGAAUGCACUCACUGGCCGAAAAACGCAGAGACCUCGAAGAUUCUCCCUUGAUCGCUGGCGCUGCAGCCGCCAUGCUUUGGAUUCCAUUGAUGAUGCUUAGACGCCUUAAAACGAUUUACGUUGAUGGUCUCGUGAAUGUGGUGGACAUAAGGAGUUUUACUGACAAUUUCAGUGCCCAGGCUAAAGCUCAAACCACCGUGGCAAGUGUCAUCAUGGCCGUCAACGCCAGCAUCCUUGCUGUCCCAGUUUCUACUGUAUUAUCGGGUGUAUUAUCUACAGGAGAAGAUGGCCAGUCUUGCUAUCAUCGCAAGUAUACCGAGUUUUUUGUACCUGACGAGGUGUAUUUACUGCUGAAUUCGGACUAUCUUUGUCUGCAAGGAUUGGAUGCGUGCUGGCGCUCGUUGUUGGAGCGGGGCCUCAUACUUCCGUUGACGAUAGCAGUUUCGGUCCUGGCCUGA